AGAUUUAAAAAAUAAAUCAGUGGAGCUUCAUCUUUACACUCAAUUAAGUGAGAACAUUCUUAGAGUAAAGUACACGUAUACCAUCUGGAUAGUUUGGCCCAGCAUUAGAAAGAAAAAUAGAAUAAACAGGAAGUAGUGAAAAAAUAGUUGAAAACUUUGUACAAUAUGUUUAAAGUCUUCCUUUUGUGUUUGGCUUUCAUUGCCGUGGUAGCGGCUGUACCCAAGCCCGACGAAGUAGCUGGCCACAAUCCUUUGGAACAGGAUUCUUUGCAUGCUGGUCACUUUGGCCAUGGCCAACAUAAUGCCCAGUAUGAUCAUGAACAAUUCUUGGGAGAAGAUGAAGCAAAAACAUUCGAUCAGCUAGCUCCAGAGGAGAGUAAAAGACGUUUAGGUCUUAUUGUGGAUAAAAUUGAUGAAGAUAAUGAUGGUUUAAUUACUAUAUCGGAAUUGAAAAAAUGGAUUGAAUACACACAAAGACGUUACAUCGAUGAAGAUGUAGACCGCCAAUGGAGAACACACAAUCCCGAUGGUAACCUUACUAUCUCUUGGGAAUCUUACAGGCGUGAUGUGUAUGGCUUCAUGGAUGGUCUCAGCAAGGACGAAAAAGAGCACGAGGAAAAUGGUAUUUCUUAUCAGAACAUGUUGAGUCGAGACCGCCGUCGUUGGGGUGUUGCCGACCAGGAUUUGGAUGAUGCUUUGACAAAAGAGGAAUUUACUGCCUUCUUACAUCCCGUAGAUCAUCCUACAAUGCGUGAUGUCGUUUUGUCGGAAACCAUUGAAGAUAUUGACAAGAAUAAGGAUGGUAAAAUCUCCAUUGAAGAAUAUAUUGGCGAUAUGUAUACCGCUCCUGAAGAAGGUGAGGAAGAGCCUGAAUGGAUCAUCAGUGAACGUGAAACCUUUGCUAAAUUCCGUGAUGUAGAUGGUGAUGGUUUCCUGAAUCGCGAAGAAGUUAGAGCCUGGAUUGUGCCCAACGAUUUUGAUCAUGCUGAAAGUGAAGCCAAACAUUUGGUCUACGAAGCCGACAAUGAUGGUGAUGAACAAUUGACCAAAGCUGAAAUUCUUGAUAAGUAUGAUGUCUUUAUUGGCUCCAAAGCUACUGAUUUCGGUGAGGCUCUUGGCCGUCAUGAUGAAUUCUAAAUUUCUACUCAUAUACUUCGCUAAACCAGCACAGAGCUGAUAUAAAUUUAAUUAUCUACCUCUGUAGCUGUUGGAUUGAUCAAAAAUCAUUCUCGAAUACUCUGCUAUUUUUGUGCUUUACUUAAAUUUUAAUAUUAGUUUUAAAAAACUUAGCUUAAUUCUGUUUUGAUAAAAGCAAACGGAACAAAAAAAAAAACAUGUAUCAUGUAUCAGUGUAUUUAAAAUUAAAUCCAUUAUCUUUUUCUUUAUACAUUUAUAUACAUAACUCUAACUAUAUACAAAUGCCAUUUGGAGAUUGUUAUGAAUGUGCAUUCUAUGCCAUGUGUAGAAUAUCCAGAAUCUCUUGUUUUAUGCCAAAUAGUAAAUAAUAAUUUUCUUGUUUAUUUUUUUUUAUUUUAAAAAAGCUGUUUUGUACUAAUUCUAAGUAAUUUUGUCUAUGUUAUUAAAACUAAUUCAAACAUACAUUUUAAUGUGAAUUCAAAUUGCAUUUAAUUUAAAUGAACCAACAAAAAAAAAAUGAAAAUACAUACAUUCUAUUUUUAAAUAAAA